GGCGCAGAACUGCAGGCGCUCGCCUGACUAAGGCUGCGCGGUGCUGCCUCUCCAGCUCCCAGCUCUGCAGGCAGCCUGCGGGUCCUGACCGCCGGGUCCGCGGCCCGAGGCGAAGGCAGGAAGCUGACCUGAAGCUCGGUGGCUGGCGCGGAUUUCGGGAACGUGGCAACCUGUGCUUGGCUUGUCCCACGAGGAGAUGACUUUAGUCACUGUGAUGCCUACGAAUCAAGUGUGACGUGUCUCCAGAUACUUGAUGGUGUUGUCCUCUGACAUCUCCAUACCACUGCACCACACAGCUCCUGAAACAUGGGGGAAAACGAAGAUGAGAAGCAGAGCCAGGCCGGGCAGGUUUUCGAGAACUUUGUCCAGGCUUCCACAUGCAAAGGCACCCUCCAGGCCUUCAACAUCCUCACACGACACCUGGACCUAGACCCUCUGGACCACAGGAACUUUUAUUCCAAGCUCAAGUCCAAGGUGACCACCUGGAAGGCCAAAGCCCUGUGGUACAAACUGGACAAGCGUGGAUCUCACAAGGAGUACAAGCGAGGGAGGUCCUGUAUGAACACCAAGUGUCUCAUCAUUGGGGGAGGACCAUGUGGUUUGCGCACUGCCAUUGAACUUGCCUACCUAGGGGCCAAAGUGGUUGUGGUGGAGAAGAGGGACACCUUCUCCAGGAACAACGUGCUGCACCUGUGGCCUUUCACCAUCCAUGACCUGCGGGGCCUGGGAGCCAAGAAGUUCUAUGGGAAGUUCUGCGCUGGCUCCAUUGACCACAUCAGCAUUCGUCAGCUGCAGCUCAUCCUAUUCAAGGUGGCCCUGAUGCUGGGAGUUGAAAUCCACGUGAACGUGGAGUUUGUGAAGGUUCUAGAGCCUCCUGAAGAUCAAGAAAAUCAAAAAAUCGGCUGGCGGGCGGAAUUUCUCCCUGCGGACCACUGUCUGUCGGACUUUGAGUUCGAUGUCAUCAUUGGUGCCGACGGCCGCAGGAACACACUGGAAGGAUUCAGAAGGAAAGAAUUCCGUGGGAAGUUGGCUAUUGCCAUCACCGCCAACUUCAUAAAUAGAAACAGCACGGCUGAGGCCAAGGUGGAAGAGAUUAGUGGUGUGGCUUUCAUCUUCAACCAGAAAUUUUUUCAGGACCUUAAAGAAGAAACAGGGAUUGAUCUUGAGAACAUUGUUUACUAUAAGGACUGCACCCACUAUUUUGUCAUGACUGCCAAGAAGCAGAGCCUGCUUGACAAAGGUGUCAUCAUUAAUGACUACAUCGACACAGAGAUGCUGCUGUGCGCAGAGAACGUGAACCAGGACAACCUGCUUUCUUACGCCCGCGAGGCCGCAGAUUUCGCCACCAAUUACCAGCUGCCAUCGCUAGACUUUGCUCUGAACCACUAUGGGCAGCCUGACGUGGCUAUGUUCGACUUCACCUCCAUGUACGCCUCAGAGAACGCGGCCUUGGUGCGGGAGCGCCAGUCCCACCAGCUCCUCGUGGCCCUGGUGGGCGACAGCUUGCUUGAGCCAUUUUGGCCCAUGGGCACAGGUUGUGCCCGGGGCUUCCUGGCAGCCUUUGACACGGCCUGGAUGGUGAAAAACUGGGAUCAGGGCACCCCUCCCCUGGAGCUGCUUGCUGAAAGAGAGAGUCUUUACCGGCUGUUACCUCAGACCACUCCGGAGAACAUCAACAAGAACUUUGAGCAGUACACACUGGACCCAGGGACACGGUACCCAAAUCUUAACUCCAGCUGUGUCCGGCCCCAUCAGGUGAAGCACUUGUACAUCACUAAGGAGCUGCACCCAUGCGCUCUCGAGAGGCUGGGCUCGGUGAGGAGAUCCAUGAGCCUAUCCAGGAGGGAGCUAGACAUCCGGCCCAGCAAGCUCUUAACCUGGUGCCAGCAGCAAACUGAGGGUUACCAGCACGUCGAGGUUACUGACCUGACCACAUCCUGGCGCAACGGCCUGGCCCUGUGUGCCAUCAUCCACCGCUUCCGGCCUGAGCUGAUCAACUUUGACUCUCUGAACGAAGAUGACGCCGUGGAGAACAACCAGCUGGCAUUUGACGUGGCCGAGCGUGAGUUUGGCAUACCCCCGGUGACCACAGGCAAGGAGAUGGCGUCAGCCCAGGAGCCCGACAAGCUCAGCAUGGUCAUGUACCUCUCCAAGUUCUACGAGCUCUUCCGGGCCACCCCGCUGAGGCCUGUGGAUUCUUGGGGCAAAAACUAUGGAGAAAAUGCUGACCUCAGUUUGGCCAAAUCCUCCAUUUCUCAUAACUAUCUCAACCUCACAUUUCCAAGAAAGAGGACGCCACGGGUGGACACCCAGACUGAAGACAGCGACAUGAACAAACGGAGGCGGAAAGGCUUCAACAACCUGGAUGAGCCUUCAGCCUAUCCCAGCCGUGGCCUGCGCUCCAGUCCAGAGGGCAGCAGUGGGAGAGAAGUGGGAAGCCAGAACAAAGUCAAGUCCAUGGCAAGUCAGCUGCUGGCCAAGUUCGAAGAGAAUUCUCGGAACCCUUCACUCCUGAGGCAGGAAUGCCGUGUCUCAGGGAUAGGUAAGCCCGUCCUGCGCACUUCCUCUGACCCACCUAUUAACCCUCGCUGCUCCAGGCCGGAGGAGCCCACACCCAGCCCACCACCUCCUCUGAAAAGGCAGUUCCCCUCGGUGGUUGUGACGGGGCAUGUGCUCCGAGAACUAAACCAAGUGUCUGCUGGCGGCGGGUGCCCGAACAGGCCCUGGAGGGCCAGAGCCAAGUCGGACCUGCAGCUAGGUGGGCCCGAGGCUCCCGCUGGCCUGCCUCCCACCUGCCAGGGAGCGCUGGCUCUUUCUGGGGUGCUGCGGCGGCUGCAGCAAGUGGAGGACAAGAUUCUCCAGAAGAGGGCUCAGAACUUGGCCAACAGGGAAUUUCACAAAAAGAACAUUAAGGAGAAGGCGGCUCACCUUGCUUCCAUGUUUGGACACGGGGAUUUCCCGCAGAAUAAACUACUUUCUAAAGGCCUGUCUCUCACUCACCCUCCGGCUUCUUCCUCCUGCCUUCCGUCUCCCGAUCCAGCUGCUGCUUCCUCUCUGUCGACUGUUGACUCUGUUUCUCCUGCCAGAAAGGCAAAGAAGUCACCUUCAGGUUCCCAUUUCCAUCCCAGCCACUUAACAACAGUGCGGCCUCAGCUGACGGUAGGGAAAGUGUCCAGCGGAAUAGGGGCUGCAGCCGAAGUCCUGGUCAAUCUGUACAUGAAUGAUCACAGACCUAAGACCCAGGCCACCUCUCCAGACCUGGAAUCCAUGCGGAAGGUGUUCCCCCUGAACCUGGGCGGCAGCGACACCUGUUACUUCUGUAAGAAGCGUGUGUACGUGAUGGAGCGGCUGAGCGCAGAGGGACACUUCUUCCACCGGGAGUGCUUCCGCUGCAGCGUCUGCGCCAGCACCCUGCGUCUGGCUGCCUACGCCUUCGACGGCGACGAAGGCAAGUUUUUCUGCAAGCCUCAUUUCAUUCACUGUAAGACCAACAGUCAGCAGAGGAAGAGACGAGCAGAGUUGAAGCAACAAAGAGAGGAGGAGGGACCGUGGAAGGAGCAAGAGGCCCCUCGGCGAGACACCCCCGUGGAAAGUUCUUGCGCAGCGGCUGCCAUUGGCACGCCCGAAGGCAGCCCUCCAGCAGAUGAGCCAACCUCCCCCAAGAAGCCCAAGAGUGUUCUGGAGCCCGAGCCCAAUGAUAUGGAAGGUGAAGACACCUCUCUCCUGCCCUCUGAGUGGACCUCAGUGAAGAUCAGCCCUGGGGAGGAUGUAGUUGGACAAGAGAUGAUGGCUGUGCGUGUCCUGGUCACCAGUGAUGACAGCAGCUCCGAGGCAGAGCCAGACUACCCCGGCAGUGAGGCUUCCAGUGCCCAACCCCAUGAGGAGAGCGCCCGGCGGCCAGAACCGCUGCCCCUCCCGGAGCCCCUCACCAGGCAUAGCUCCCUGAGAGAGGCCUCGACCAGGAAAGUCUCGCUACGGUGCCCUGAGGAGUCACAAGCUGUGCACGCUCUGCAACGGGCCAGUAGCUUCCAGUCUCCAAGUCCCAGCAAAUACCAGAGCUGGAGAAGAAAAUUCCAGUCGAGUCUGACGCCAGUGAACAACAAAAAAACUAUGUCACCUUCAAAGGAACCUGCUCCUCUUUCUUCUUCCUCGUCAUCUCCUCCCCCAUCUUCCCCGCCAUCUUUCUCUUCAGCCAGCAUCCCAGGGAAUGCUCUGGAUGGCUUCUCCCUACCUCAGGUGACAGCUGACAACCUGCCCUCACAGGUCUCAAGAGGUCACUGCAGCCCUUCCACUCCAAUCUUUCUGAGGCGCGCCAGAGCCCAAGGGGUACCCAAGGACAUGUCCCUGUAUCUGCCCCAUGGCCAAGUACUGGAGCGGGCAGAGUACUUCAUGGUGAGGCCUGGUGAAGACAGCGUUGCCAGCCCCCAGCCCCCCAGCCCAGCAGAGAUGGCUUCUCAUGGGUGUCACGAAGCAGAGGCCUCUCUUGGGGACACCAGUAGCAUCCACAGAGGCCCAGACCCCACUGGAGGGACGAAUAGGUGUUUGCCAGACCAAGAGGUAUCUCCCAGGGCUGGAGAGGACCCAGGAGAAAAGAACAGCAGACCCAGCAAGGGAGGGGAGAAAAGGUCAGAGCUGGCAGAGGGGAAGAAGUUGGGCUUGAAGAAGUUAGUCCUCACCCCGGAACAGAAGACAAAGCUACUGGACUGGGACAAUUCCAUCCCUGAGAGUGUGAGCCUGGAAGCUGGGGCACAGCCUGCCCAGAGAAGUGCUGGCAAUGGUAGGGGAGGCCAUGUGCCGAAACCAGUUAGUCCCUUGCAGCUCCCCUGGACAGCGAGAGAGACCCCGCCUGCCCAGGGAAGGGCUCAGGAGAAGACGGGGACACCAGCUGAACGGGCUCCACCCAAGUCCCCGCUUCGGCUCAUAGCAAAUGUCUUGCGAAGGUCCCUGGAUCCCUUCCUCCCCAACUCAGAAGGUGGGAAGAAGGCCUCUGCCAAGCCAGAAUCAAGGAACCUGCCCACCAGCCAGCCACAUGGUAGCAGUCGCUCGUUCAGCCUUCGAAAAACCAGUUCCAAUAAAGAUGGCAGCCGGCAGUCCCCGGGGAGAGACAUGGCGAGUAGAGCUUCAGCCUUCUUCUCCUGGGGCUCCCCACCUGCCAGGGAUGCCCAGCCCUCAUACCCUAGCCCUCCAGACCUUGCCCUCCGCACUCACAGUUUGCCCAACCGACCGUCCAAGGUCUUUCCGGCAUUCCCGGCCCCUCCCUGCCACAAGAUGGAAGAUGUCCCCACACUCCUUGAGAAAGUGAGUUUGCAAGAGACGUCCCCAGAUGCUUCUAGGGUUCCAAAGGGAAAAAUCUCGCUCUUUUCCUCCCUCAGACUCAAAGACAAAUCUUUUGAGAGUGCCCUCCAAGAAUCCAAACAAAGAAAGGACCUCCAGGACCUCUUCGGCACCCCCAGGGGAGCAGGGGAGCUAAUGGACAGCACCCCGCCCCUGGAGAAGCUGGCACAACCUUUCAAUAGCACUGGCCUGGGGCACAGAGUCCCUCCUCCUUCUCCAGACAAAGAUGCAAGUUCCAAACACAUCCCUAGCCGAGGGCAGGUGACAGGGGCCGCCUCUUCUACUUCCUCCAGCAACUCCUCCUCUGCAGAUGAAGGGUUUCAUCCUCAGCCUUCCUUGCGGUCAAAGGAAAGGAAGACGCUCAGAAGAAGAAGGAAGCUGGAGAGAGCAACAAAACAGUUGGUUAAGCAAGAAGAAUUGAAAAGACUUCAUAAAGCUCAGGCCAUCCAGAGGCAACUGGAGGAGGUGGAGGAGCGCCAGAGGGCUUCAGAGAUCCAAGGUGUGAGGCUGGAGAAGGCGCUGAGAGGGGAAGCAGAUUCAGGCACACAAGAUGAAGCACAGCUUUUGCAGGAAUGGUUUAAGCUGGCUCUGGAGAAGAAUAAAUUAAUGCGAUAUGAGUCGGAGCUACUGAUCAUGGCCCAAGAAUUAGAAUUGGAAGAUCAUCAAAGCAGACUGGAACAGAAAUUAAGACAGAAAAUGCUCAAGGAGGAGAGCCAGAAAGAUGAGAAUGAUCUGAAUGAGGAGAGAGAAAUAUUCAGCGAGAUGAUGCAAGUGAUUGAACAAAGGGACAGACUCGUGGACUCCUUAGAGGAGCAGCGCAUAAAAGAAAAGGCUGAAGACCAGCACUUUGAAAGCUUCAUAUUCUCCAGGGGCUGUCAGCUGAGCAGGACGUGAGCAGGCCCAAGGGGCGCUCUCUGGAUGCUGGCUGAGGGCGGAUGGGGCCAGGAACACCCCACGCACUCACAAUUCCUUUGGCAGGAUCUGGGGUACCUGGAACUUAAGCGAUGCCCUAUUGCCAUCUUUUCUUAAACAUGAAAAUUCUCCCAUCUGGAGUACAGCUGCCCGAGACCCUUCCAGAGAUUCUAAUGAAGAAAAUACAAAGACUGUUAUGAGAUCAGCAGUCCCUCUGGCAGGUCUCACAUUGGAGGUGACCUUGGCAGAUGACCAGCAUUGUUUCCCCGAGAAAGGGACACGGAGAUCGACUUUCCUGCUGCCUUUACCAUUUAUCUUCCCAAUUCAUUGAGUUACACAUCUCUAGGUUUUUAAGAAGCUUCCCUUUUCAUUAAUAUAUCCAUAUUUGCCUUUUUUUUUUUUUUUUUUUUUUGCAUGGAUGACCGGUUUCCAAAUGUCAGAAAGAAGCAGCCACAGUUUAAAGAUUAGGUUAAUAUUUAAAUUGUGUUUCCAGAGAAAAAAGGAGAAACCUUGAGAUUACUGGUUACAUAAAGCAAAUAACUCAUAUAGCAGGUGUUAAUUCAAUCCUGGAUUUAAUUUACCAGUUGUAUUUGUAAGCCUUAAUAUAAUAUACAUAAGCAAUGAGAGUUGAAGACAACAUUUGAGCCUUAAUUUUGUUUAAAAAACAAAACAGAAAAAAAAAAAAA